UCUUUCUUUGUGUUUCUAAACGUCUCCUCCACGUCCGUCUCCAGUUCCGAGUGUUCACGGCUCCGUUCCACCGGGUCGAGUUCGCGGACUUCUGGUUGGCCGAUCAGCUCAACUCCCUGGUGGUGGUUCUGAUGGACCUGGAGUAUCUCAUCUGCUUCUACAUCUUCGAGCUGCAGUGGAGCAACAGCAAAGGCCUGCUGCCCAAAUUCAAGGAUUCCGGCGACUACGUGUGCCACAGCUACUCGUACGGCCUGCGCGCCAUCAUCCAGUGUCUGCCCGCCUGGUGCCGCUUCAUCCAGUGUCUGAGGCGUUACCGCGACACCAAGAGGGCGUUCCCACACCUGGUGAACGCCGGGAAGUACUCCACCACCUUCUUCGUCGUCACCUUCGCCGCCCUCUACGCCACGCACAGAGAACAAGGACACACGGACGCCGACAUGUUCUUCUACCUGCUGAUCGUCUUCUCCACCAUCAGCUCCUUGUACACGCUGAUCUGGGAUCUGCGGAUGGACUGGGGCCUGUUCGACCGUGGAGCCGGAGAGAACACCUUCCUCCGAGAAGAGAUCGUUUAUCCACACAAGGCCUACUACUACUGCGCCAUCAUAGAGGACGUGAUCCUGCGCUUCGCCUGGACCAUCCAGAUCUCUCUGACCACAAUGACCAAGAUCCACUCGGUGGGCGACAUCGUGGCCACCGUGCUGGCGCCCCUCGAGGUCUUCAGGCGUUUCGUGUGGAACUUCUUCCGUCUGGAGAACGAGCACCUGAACAACUGUGGUGAGUUUCGGGCGGUUCGAGACAUCUCGGUGGCGCCGCUUAACGCCGACGACCAGACGCUGCUGGAGCAGAUGAUGGACCAGGAGGACGGCGUCCGGAACCGCUCAGGCAAGAAGACCUGGAAGAGGUCCUACAGCCUGUCGCUGCGACGCCCCCUGCUGUCCUCCUCACAAUCGAAGAAGGACACAAAGGUGCUAAUUGAAGAUACGGACGACGAGGCCUUCAGCUGAGUCCACAGCGUCGACGUGCACACACACACACACACACACACACA